CACCGCGCUCUUUACGUCUCUGGCUGCGUGCCCUCGUAGAGCAGGAGACAUUGCACUGUCCAUCGUGCAGCCGGCCUCGGCGUUAGUCAGAGGUUUGUUCUGUUCCACUCCACCUUGGCAGUGAGUUGCAGGGUGAUUCAGGAUGGCGGAGCAGCCUCUGUGGGAGCAGAUAGGAUCCAGCUUUGUGCAGCACUACUACCAAAUGUUUGACAAUGACAGAUCGCAACUUGGAUCAAUAUAUAUCGACACGUCAUGCCUUACAUGGGAGGGACAGCAGUUCCAAGGAAAAACAUCAAUCGUUGAGAAACUCGCUAGUCUCCCCUUUGCAAAGAUUGCUCAUAGUAUAACAGCGCAGGACCACCAGCCGACUCCAGACAACUGUAUCUUGAGUAUGGUUGUAGGACAGCUUAAAGUAGAUGAAGACCCGAUCAUGGGUUUUCACCAGAGUUUCAUCCUGAAGAACAUUAGCGACGCUUGGGUGUGCACCAAUGACAUGUUCAGGCUGGCCAUUCACAACUUUGGUUAGUCGGCCAUCUUGGCGCCGGCGGGCAGGGGCGGUCCUUAGCGAAGUGAGGCGAAGCGUGGAGGGACGGCGGGAGGAAGCUGCUCUCGUCCCUCCCCUCCGCCUGCCGUCUCGUUCAGUUCUGAUCAACUAACACUGGAUUCUAGUCGUCCAGGUGCGUUCCACCCCCUCCCCCACCUUCAGCCCAGCAAGUAGAACUGCAGCACAUUUCUUCGCUGAGAGCCGGCCGACCAAUCAGACGGCCCCUGUCUGCCUCCUCGCUGAUCUGCAUGACGCUGGCAGCCCCUCGUUGAAAACAAAACGCCUCCACAUUCAAGCCACCAGAAGGACAAACAGCUGAUCGAUGCCAUUAACUUCAUGUUCUGCUUUUUCUUUCAUUCUAACCCACUCUGCUGCAGAACCGGUUCUGUUAGCAUUGCCGCGGACCCGGUUUGUAGCUCCAUGUUCAGGUUCACCGUCUUGUUUCUUCAGUUCUAACCUCCUGCUCAUCUUUUGGUUUUAGACGCCGUUCAUGUUUACUUUAGCUCGUGUUGAGUUUUAGCUUCUGUCUGCUCCUCGCUCCGAUUUCCUGCAAACCUAAAGGGCGGCAGAGGACGAAGUUUUCAUUUUUCUCUGAUUCUGCGCCUUUUUAUUAUUUUUUUUUCCUUCUCACACAUCUGGCACUUAACAUGGACUACAGCCAUGAUACAAAAUAAAACCUGGACAUUUUUCUUAA